CAUUUUGUGUGUGAUGGCCAUUACCGUUUACGUUUUUCUGUGUGUCAUGGCCUUAAGGACCACCGUACAAGCUUUUUCGUAGCGCGUUACGUUACGUUAAGUACCGGCCGUGAACUUAGGCUCAUACUGUAUGAAUCAUACAUAACUUUAAACUUCAGUCAACGUACAAACAAAAAUGUAACAUAAGACGUAAGCGAGUACAAUCAUUUUAAGAAGAAAAUUUUUAACCAUCUCAACGUGGAUUUUUGUAUUAUCAAUAUUAUGGAUCAUCAGUAUAGUUCCUAUAACAUUCGGAAUGAAGAAUGGUUAGAUAUCAAGAAGGAAGAAAUUAUUAUGGAAACAGAUUACGGAAAUGCAACUGAUACCAAUAUCUAUGUCCCAGACAAAACAGGCGACGAUUAUCUAAUUAAACUGUAUAGAGAAAGAAAAUUUUUGUAUGAUAAGAAAAAUCGAGAUUUUAGAGACAACAAAUUAAAAAAUAAUGCCUGGAAAGAAAUUUCAACAAUCAUGGUAAAGUAUAAAAAUUUUGGAAAUUAUUACACGGCUGAAUAUUGUAAAAAAAGAAUAACAACAUUAAGAGAACAAUAUUCGAAGUUAAUGAGAAAAAAUGAAUUAAUCAGUGAAAGUGCAGGUUAUAGUAAAAAGAAAUCUUCUCUUUUAUCGCAAUUGUCCUUUCUACGUAAACACAUUCAAAGAAGACGAAAUUUUACAAAUACGGAAAAAGAUAAGAAUGCCCAAAUAUCUGCUAUUUUUUUUAAUAAGAAUGCAGCUGCAUUGCAAGAAACAAAAGUGGCAGAAAGUGACGAUUUGAAAAGAAAAUUUGAAACAUCUUCGUCAAGCCAGGGUAAUACUGAAUACGAUUCAACUGAUGAUUCUAUAUUUUAUGAAAAAUCACAUAAAACAAUGAAAAAAAAACGUGCAACAAAAAACGAUAAAAAUGACACUUUACCUGACCUAACUAACGCAGCUGUUGAUAUUUGUACUCAGCUAAAAUUGAAUUCAACAUCACAUAGAGACGUUAGUUCCAAAUCUGCAGAACAAGCUUUUUCACAAUUCAUUGCUUUUUCUUUACAAGCAAUGGAAGAGCCAGAACGCAGUAUAAGACGAAACAAGAUAUUUCAAGAUCUCACUACACCAAUUGAUCAGUUCAUUUAAUUCUACUUGUUAGUUCCACGGGUUCAACAUUACGUUGAAGAAAUGGUAUUGUAUACUUACUCUUAUUGUUUAUACUUUCAUCUGC